AUAUCCACAACUGGACACAAUGCUGCUCAUGGGGCUCUGCUGCUAGGCUCAUUGAUUGCAUUGUAAGGUGCGAUUUACAGGACAUGCACUGCUAUGUGUCUCUGCCAUUGGGUUUCUGCAGAUGUUAUUGGUUUCUCUCCAGCUUCCCCCCUCCUUCCUCCUGCUUCUCCCCUCCCUGCUUACAUGGAUUUUGUAGUUGCACAGCAAUGUGCCUGCCUGUGACCUAAACACUUGGAUUCUUUCCCUGUCGCUGUCCGUCACAAUCCCACCAAGAGCCUGUAACUGAGACAGCAGCCCCAUUUAGAACCCAGACCCCUCUGUUACUCGGCACAAAUUACAUGGAUGAUCCUUUACCCAUAGAUCACAGAGGUCAUUUGUGAAUUGGAGAUGGCUGGCCAGUUGUAUCUAGCCCCCCUCCCAUCCUCCUUAAGGUGAUACAAGGACAGCUGAGUCCAUCAGCACCAGCUCUACUGGAGGCCACACAAUGGAGAAGAUGGCAGAGUUAUCACUGAGCCCUUUAAUCACUGCUUCUUUCUAAUGAGUGGAUUUGGUUCCUGCUGAUGCUGCUGGUGCUUCUCUCUCUAUAGCAGAGUCUCCUGUUGGUUCCUCCUACUCCCCCAGGUUCCAUGUUCUCUUCUUUUCCGGAUUUGUGGAUGGUGCCUUCUGUCAUGCCCGUUCCUCAGCACUGGCUGUGGAUAUGCAUUUGAAUAGCCGGCGUGCUAGUGCUUGGAAUCUGCCAUUGCCACCUGCUAGCGUUUGUGUGGUCCCCCAGCAUUCAAAGAAAUUAGCCCUUCAGCAUCCAGUGUCGGAAUGGAACUCAGGCCGACGGAACACCCUAUGGAGUAUUUGCUGCUGGGAGAAGCCUGUUAGUGAAACGUGCAGGGAUUAAAGAUUGAGGACGCCAGCUUCUGGCACCCACCAGUACAGGAUCAUUUCUCAGGGUGCAGAGAGGGAUGUUGCACACAGUAUAAUGAUGAUGAUUGAUACUCAGAGCUCCACGCAGGAGAUUGGAGAAGAGCUGGAUGACGGAGUUAUCUACAGUAUCUCCCUGCGCAAAGUGCAGCUCCAUCACACCGCCAACAAGGGGCAGCGAUGGCUGGGGGUAAGCAGAGUUCCAUCUCCCAUGGGCUGUGCGGACGGCGGGCUUGCUGGACUCCGGGAUACCACGGUCGAGAAUGAUUCAGGCUUGAGCUUGUACGAGACAUGCAAGGUGAGGUCCAUCAAGGCUGGAACCCUUGAAAAGUUGGUGGAAUAUCUGGUCUCUGCUUUCAAAGGCAACGACUCCACCUACGUUACCAUCUUCCUGUGCACUUAUCGGGCCUUUGCCACCACCAAGCAAGUGCUGGAUCUUCUCCUGAACAGAUUUGGGCGCUUGCACCCACAGCUAAAUGGAGAACAUUCUCACAGCACGGUGGACGAUCGUCUUGAGUUAAAAAACACCAUCUCCUCUAUCCUGGGUGCCUGGUUGGAUCAGUACUCUGAGGACUUCCGGCAAGCCCCGGAUUACAUGUGCUUGAAGCAGCUCAUUACAUACGUGAGGCACAAUAUCCCUGGCUCAGACUUGGAGAGAAGAGCUUGCAAUCUCUUGACCCAGUUUAAGAGGCAGCAAAUCUGUGCGUUGGAAUCAGAUGUUUUGGAUCACUCAAGUUGCACAUUGCGUCUGGUGGAAGAGCCUUUGUUGUCGGACGGGAAACCCGACUUCUUGUCCUUCCGGCAGGAUAUGUUGGCUGAACAGUUUACAGUUAUGGACGCUGAACUCUUUAAGAAGGUGGUGCCGUAUCAUUGCCUGGGUUGCAUCUGGUCUCAAAGGGACAAGAAGGGCAAGGAACAUUUGGCGCCAACCAUUCGUGCCACCGUCUCCCAGUUCAACAGCGUCACUAACUGUGUCAUAUCUUCAUGCCUGUGUGACCGUUCUCUGAAGCCUCAGCAGAGGGCCAAGGUGAUAGAGCGGUGGAUUGAAGUGGCAAGGGAGUGUCGCAUCCUAAAAAACUUCUCGUCGUUACGGGCCAUCUUGUCGGCUCUGCAGUGCAAUGCUGUCCACCGGCUUAAGAAGACGUGGGAUGAGGUGUCCAGGGAGUGUUACCGAAUAUUCAUGGAACUUUCGGAAAUCUUUUCUGACGAGAACAAUCAUUCUUUAAGCCGUGAACUGUUGAUUAAGGAGGGGACGUCCAAAUUUGCCACCCUGGAUAUUAACCCCAAAAGGGCGCAGAAGCGGCAGCAGCAGCAAAGAGAGAUGGGAGUGAUGCAAGGCACUAUUCCUUACUUGGGCACUUUCCUGACGGACCUGGUGAUGUUGGACACAGCAAUGAAGGACUAUCUGGAGAGUGGCCUCAUCAACUUUGAGAAACGGCGAAAGGAAUUUGAGGUCAUAGCCCAAAUCAAGUUGCUGCAGUCGGCCUGUAACAACUAUAGCUUUCUACCCGACGAGUACUUUGUGGAAUGGUUCCACAGUGUGGAACGGCUCACAGAGGCAGAAAGUUAUAGCCUGUCCUGUGAGAUUGAGCCCCUUUCCGAAUCUGCCAGCAACACUCUGAAAGCCAAGAAAAACACAGGGAUUAUCAAGAGAUGGAGCGAUCGGCAACCGCCAAGCACGGAACCCUGUGCCAGUGUCAGUUCCCACUCCAAGUCUUUUGACCAGCUCAAGUGCAGCCCCCAUCUGUACGGAGGGGACACCACGGACUCACUUAGCGUCACCUCAGCUGGCUCCAGCAGCUCGGACGUGGAUGAGAUCAACAUCAGCUUCGUCCCCGAAUCCCCGGACUGUCAGGAGAAGAAGGUACGGGAGGUACCAUCCCAAGCACGGCCGAUACAGCCAGCGGAACCCUGCGUUCCUGAGGGGUUCUGGGAGUCAACCUCUCUUUCUUCGCUUGAUACGUCCGGAAUUGGCUCCGGUUCCAGUAGCGCUUCCUCCUCCUCUGUUUCCUCCACCCCUGUUUCCGCCUCUCGGACGCACAAGCGUUCUGUCUCGGGGAUCUCCAGCUACUCAUCCUUGUCCCUUCCCCUGUACAACCAGCAGAUAGACGAUUGCUGUAUCAUACGGGUCAGCUUGGACGUAGACAACGGCAAUAUGUACAAAAGCAUUCUGGUAACAAGCCAGGACAAAACACCCGUGGUGAUUCGAAAAGCCAUGGCCAAACACAAUAUUGACGGUGAGCGUGCGGAGGACUAUGAGCUGGUGCAGAUCAUAUCUGAAGAGAGAGAGCUGAAGAUCCCUGACAACGCCAACGUGUUUUAUGCCAUGAACUCAGGCGCCAACUAUGACUUUGUACUGAAGAAACGCGGCUUCUCCAAAGGUGUGAAGAUAAAACAGGGCUCCAGUUCUACACUACCGCGCAUGAAGCAGAAGGGACUCAAGAUAGCCAAAGGCAUCUUCUGACACAUGCAAGGUGGUCAAAAAUGGCCUUGUUGUAGCCCCCCGACAGGACAAUGGUGGGACCAGUGCCCCCAAAAGGACAGCACUUAGAGCUCCAGUCCAGCUGAGGACUUCUUGGUUCAGAUGGGAGCGGUCAUAGGGCUUAGACCAACCCUCAGCUUCCUCUUGUUGACCAUGUGGAGAGAGGAAGACCGUUAACGAGUGCUGCUGGGCUUGUAAAAGUGGAUGAUGCGUGAACUUGCCCACCAACAGGACUCGAUAAAAUCCGCCUCCAUGCCUUAGGUGCCUUCAAGAGAAAGGUGGGUGGGGGGGACUUAGGAUUGUGAGAUGUUGUCCAGCUUGUGCAGUCCUGAGGGCUUCAGUAUUAACUUGAGACGUUGGCUGUAGAACGCAACACCCAAAGGAUCUCUGUGCUGUGUCGGCGCCUUGUGGUGUUGCCCUUUCAAUGAGGAAGACUAUUAUUGGGACCCGCUUUUUCCUUUAUAAAAAGGGACUUCCGCUGAGGGUUUUUUCUUACCAACAUAAAGCACUUUCCAAAAAAACAAUGAACCUUUUAAACCCUGAAAGCCCCAGAAGGAUAUUUCCGGCCUCUAACGUGAACAUGAAGGAAGCCAUGAAAAACGAAGGCUCGUCUAGGAGGAGACUGACACCCCCCAGUUCCAUCCUCUCUCUCCCCCAUCAUCCAGUGCAGCAUUUCAAACCACACCAAAGAUGAAUUGCCCCCCCCCCCACACACACCCCUUCCUCUGUAAGCCUUUCUCUGCCCAUUGGUCAAUAGUCCUUACCAGCCGUUUGGAGAAAGGUGCAAAGUACUAAACCCCCUUAAACAUGUACAGUUUUUUCUUGUAAAUAUUCACUUUAGUUUUGUUUUUUUGUUGUUUUUUUUCAAAACACGGGGCCAAAUUUGACAUUUGUAACCAAUCUCCAGCAACGGCGAUGGAGUGGGUCAGUACUGUGGAUUAACCUUCCUUUUUCGUGUGCGUGUAAAAAAUAUCCCCCUCCCUUUUUUUAAAAAAAAAAAAUAUUUAUUGGUUGUAAAUAGACAGGGGACAAAUGAAAAACUUUAACUCCCGUGCCAUCUGUUUCACCGAAUGCUUGGCGCCUUUUGGUAACUGUAAAUAUUAUGGACUGUGUGAUUAACGUUUGUACACUUAAAUGCUCGAUACCUUUGCAACGCCUUAGCCAAUUUCAUGCUAAACAGCAGUUAAGUGGUUAAGUCUUAUUUUGGGUUUUUUUCUUCUUUAAACAUUUUUUUCCUUUAUCUACUAACUUGGCCAACAGCGAUUGGUUUGGGUUUGUAGUGAUGUCAUCUGGGUGGUUUAUAAUGGCUGCCAGCGUUCUAUUUGAAAUGAAAGCCGAAUGUCAGUGUUGGCGGCCUGACCCAAACUGCAGUGGAUCUGGUAUGUGGUAUCCGGGCACCCAGCGCAACUGGUUCUGUUGCAUUGUUCAGAUCACGGUGUUCUAGGUCCUUAACACUUAGAUUUGGAAACUAAAUUGGGCUGUUGGAGAGCAGAGGGGGGUAAAGCUUGUUAAUCAAGUGACUUACCACUAGAGGGCUUCACAGUUUAAAUUGACUUCCUCAAAAGCCCUGGAACUACAUGCUCAUUAAGGCUGUCAGUGGCCUCUUAUUCAAUGUUCCUUAAUUGUAAUUGUGCCCAGUUUCACUGCAAUUGCAUCAUUAUAAUGAUUAUUUUAGGGUCCUUUCAUGCUGAAGGGCUUUUUGGUUGCUAGGCUCUCAUUGACUGGCAACCUGCUCUCAAAGCACUUCUGCAGACAUAACUGACUGUAACCUACAGCAGCCAGAGAUCCAAAACUGCAUAUAGCCAAAGUCCAUUCGAAAGGCAGCAAGCCCCACUGCUGGGUUUUGCUGCAGGCCAUUGUUAUUGGAGUAGUUUGCUAUGGAUACUGGGAGUUGUAGUUCACAGGGGUUAUAUGAAAUGUUUGGCUCAACUGAUGCAGAAUGUUAUAAAAUGCAGCUGCUGUCCCUUUAAGCAUGGUUUAAGAUCUAAGCAGCUCCUAGUUAACUCUAAAUUGGUGAUCCAAAUAUUUACAGUUCCUUCCCAAGAUUUACUAAGCAAAGCAGGGGAUAUACGUCCCUUUCUCCUUGCUAGAACGAAAAUAGCAUAUAGCAUGAAAAUAAAAACCUUCAGGGCAGUGAAUGGCUGGACUGCAAAUCCCAGAAUGCUUAGUGUGGAAUUUUUCAACCUCUUGCGCCUUAUUGCCUCCUGAGAUGCAUUGUUCAUUUUUCUUACUUGGAGACUGCGCUUGCUGCAUGAGCCUAUCUCUAGAUUGUGAACAGACAUGGAGGUGAGCUUAUAUAGUUUACAGAGAAUUAAAGGGACACUGAUGCCCAAUGAAAACGAAGUGAUAGGACUCAUGGUGUUCACUCAAAUGGACAUAGUUAAAAUGCCAGAAAUCACAAUUUAUAAGGCAGGUGGUUUCUUUUCUUGUAGGCUGGGGGAAGCCAUUUUCACCGGCCUUACUUCCUGUUUGUAUCACACACACUUGGGAAGUUUUAGGGCGCAAGUACUAAUGGCUUCCUCUGUCCUCUUGCAAAACACUAGUCUAGGAAUCUUUUCUAAUGUAUGUUCUAUGAGUUGUCAGUGUCCCUUUAAGACAUCAACGAUUCUUUCUGCCAUAGCUUGGAGUUUAACUCCGUCCUCACAAGUGCCAAUCAGCCCUUCAGGGAAAUGAGGUUUAAAAAAAAAAGUGUGUGCCGUGAAUUCUGGGAUUUGUAGUUUAGUGGGUGUUCCAGGGAGUCUUCAGAACCCAGUGGUGAUGCUUUAGGACUAAUACUGUGGCAGGAACUGCAGCUCUCUCUAGAGGUGACGGUUAGCUUAGUAGCUUGGUGCACCAUUAAUACUGUAUUUUGGAAUCAUAACCACGUUUAUAAGUAAAGUGGAGUGACUAUUCCCCGUCACCACCGCUAAUGACCUGUAAAUGUGUUACACCCCUCACCAAUGGAGCACGGAUAAGUUACACAAUGGUGUAAACACUAAUUUGGGGUGGAUUUAUGUUUCUUACCGCCACCAAAUCCCCCCUUUCCCCCUCUUCUUCUAUUCUUCUAAAAGUGCAAUCUUUUUUUGGUGUAUAAAUCCCUGUGUGUAUGUGGGUGUGUGCGUGCCCCCUCCCCAGCGCAGAUGUUUACACUUGUUUCUUACUGUCUGGUUGUACGAUGUGUUAUUUUGUAAACACGACUGAAAAAAACAAUUGAGCAGACUGUUCUAAAGAGCUGACUGUCACUGAGAAAUAAUACUUGUAAUAUAGUCUUUGCAAUAAAUGCCAACUUAUGUGAA